GCCAUGAGUUCAUGCAUAUACAUUCGUGCACCUCCCGAUCGAUUGAGCGGAAACCCGACUCCAUCCUGACUCUAUAACUCUGUGACGAAGUGUCUGAGAUCGGAGACUAACAUCUCUACUCACUUUCACCAGUUCACUCUCUUGGAUAAGAAGCAGUAACUACACAUGCUAGACAUCGGCUCCACACCAUCAACGAUCACGGUCAAAUUCGGGUUUCUGUAAGGCGAACUGCGAAACAGCGAACUCGCUAACAAACUUCAAACAACGCAUAAAUUGGUAAGAUCCAAACUUAAUAUCUAUGGCUUCUAUCCUCCGCCUCUUCCACGUCUUCGUCAUACUCCAAGUCAUAACUCCAACUGCCUGGUCAACGACGUCGUCCAGCCACCAGUUCAUAUAUCCCGAUGUCUUCAAUGAUCCUCAACGUGAUUCCCUGAUCGAGGAAACAUUUCCUGAAGGAUUCAUCUGGGGUGUUGGAUCAUCUGCCUACCAGAUCGAAGGGGCGUGGGACGAAGAUGGAAAAGGUCCGUCAAUUUGGGACACGUUUAGCCACACACCUGGUAAGAUCCGAAACGACGAAAAUGGCGACGUGGCCUGUGAUAGCUACCACCGAUAUGCAGAAGAUAUCAAUCUGAUCUCAGGCCUAGGAGUCACCCAUUACCGGUUCUCAAUCUCCUGGUCCAGGAUCUUUCCCAAUGGUUUUGUCGAUGAGGUGAAUCCCGCAGGGCUACAGUACUACCACCGUGUAAUCGAUGCGCUCCUUGCUGCCAACAUCCAGCCUGCAGUGACCCUCUAUCACUUCGACCUUCCCCAGAGGUUGCAAGAUCUUGGUGGAUGGCAGAAUGAGAUGAUGGUGGUCUAUUUCAACGACUACGCUGACUUCUGUUUCAAGGAGUUCGGUUCAAAGGUUAAGAUGUGGUUCACCAUCAACCAAGCACUCUGCGAGUCCGAACUAGGCUACGAGAUGGGCAUCUUUCCUCCAGGAAACACACACCCAGGAUACGGCGUGUACCGGAUUAUCCACACCAUGCUCAAGGCCCACGCGCGGGCGUGGCAUUCCUACGAUCGCAAAUACCGCAAGGAGCAAGGAGGCGUGAUAUCGAUUAACAUCGAGGGUGUGUGGUUCGAGCCGUUGACGGAGGCACGAGCCGAUGCCGAUGCUGCAGAAAGAGCAAGGCAGCUGAGGAUCGGUCUCGUAGCGAAUCCAAUAUUCGGCAACGGGGACUACCCAGCUGUAAUCAAGGACUAUGUAGGUAAUCGAAGUCUAGCACAGGGCCUCACUGCAUCAAGACUCCCCAGCUUCACAGAAGAAGAGAAGAGAUUGCUGGAAGGUACUGCUGACUUCUACGCUCUAAAUCAUUAUACUUCGAUGUAUGUAAAGCACAAAAACCAGUCAGAGAUAAAGAUACCAUCAAUAGAUGAUGACAUUGGAGUGGAGUUAUCUCAGGAUGCCGCGUGGCCGCAAGCAUCGCUAUCAUGGCUAAAGAUUGUUCCAUGGGGCAUGAGACGUGUUUUAGCGUGGAUCAAGGAAACAUACGGCGACGUGCCGAUAUACAUCACAGAGAACGGUGUCUCGGAAUCGAGCAGUCCUAGGAACUCGAACGAUGACGUCAGAUCGAAGUAUCUUCGCGCUUACCUGAACGAGGCCCUCAAAGCUCAUCACCUAGACGGUGUCAAUCUACGUGGGUACUUUGCGUGGUCCUUGAUAGAUAACUUUGAAUGGUUUGAAGGAUACGAUGCCCGCUUCGGCUUGCACCACGUAGACUUUACUGAUCCUCAGCGACCAAGGACGGCAAAGACAUCUGCAAAGACAUACGCAGCGAUUGUGAACGACAAUGGCUUUAAGUCGAAGGAGACCGGUGCCAAGGAUGAGUUGUGACCUAGAGAAAAUUUGACUUUACCGAUCCUCAACGACCAAGGAAGUCAAAGACAUCUACCAAGACCUACGCAACAAUUGUGAAGAACAAUGGCUUCAAGCUGAAAGAGACCGAUUCCAAGGAUGAUUAAUGAACAAGGGACAACUUUGGCCACUUUUGCCACCAAAGCAUUAAGAUUUAAUAAGACGUACUAUACAUAUUCGUGAUUGCAGCUUUCAUUUAUUAAUUGCAUAUGUGUGUGAUAUUGCUAAAUGACACAUGUUACACUUUGUUUGCAUUUUAUUAACGUGAGUUUUGUAGGCAUUGUUAUGAGUGUUUUACUUUCUACGUUAAACCCCCAUUCCACAGAGAGCAUGGCCUCUGAAAUGGUCUUUUGGUGGUCUUUCAAUGAACUUUCAUAGUUCAUAUUAGUCUUUUCAUGAUCGUUUGACAGUCUCUCGAAAUUUUUGCGGAGAUUACUGUAACACUCAUGAUAUAUCAUUGAAAGAUUAUUGAAAGACCAGGAAAGGUCCAUGGAAAGAAUUUAGAAAGAUCACUUGUUGCAUAAAAGAUCUCUAAAAUACCAUUUAAAGAUCUCUACAGGAUUAAUCUAAACCCAGUAAGACAGGACGUAUCAACAGUCUUUCAGAGUUCUUUGAGGGGUUUUUCUGAGCCAUUCCACGGAGAUUUUAGUGGUCUUGGAGACUGCUGUAAGACCUUGCCAAUUUUGGUGUUUCAGGAGUCUUUCAAAGCCCCCCCCCCUCCCCUGUGGAAUGGGGGCCUUAUCAAUUGUACUGCCUAUGUGUCAUUGAAUGGAAAUGAAAU